AUGGCAAUUGGAUUGUCCGACUUGUUCUCCUCUUGGAGCAAAAGAAGACUGAACCAAUUAAAUGAGUUGGAAGUAAAGCAAGGGGAUCAAGAAGGUGGAUUUUCUGGUGUACUUCUUCGAGUAUAUGAGCCUCACAAUGAGCUUGUUAACUGUAAUUAUUGCAGGACUUCACUAGUGGAUUUUCACAGAAGCUGCUCAAAUUGCUCUUACAAACUUUGCUUAGAUUGUUGCGGAAAGAUAGUAAAGGGAACUGCUUCUCAGACACCUACAAUUGAUUCCUCCAAGGCUGGUAGGAGACAGGGGGCAAAGAAGUAUGUCAUCAGAGAAAUUGUUGGGAAAAGACGGAGACGUUCCACAGGUGAGCGACCAGAUAACUCAUCUUUAUCCACCGUUGAGUCUAAUAGCACGGCUAAGAAUCAUGGAAGCAACAUUCCUUGCCCAUCCAAGGAAUCUGGAGGUUGUGGAAACGAUCUUCUUAAGUUAAGUUGCAGCAUACCAUUUGUUUGGUCUAAAAUGGACUUCUCUUCUCUCUUUCAACUAUGA